UCGCGGACGUGUUAGAGGAUCGGGCUUCACGCAGAGACAGAGUUCCAGUAACUCCUGUCAGCUCCUCGUCACCAUGACAACCAGAGCCAAAUGGCUGGCAGUGAAGGGUCAUGUGACAGGACUACCUGCCACGGACCCAGACGCCAAACAGGAAGCAAAUCUGGAGAACGCUGACCCAGAGCUCUGCAUCAGACUGCUAAAGGUCCCCUCGGUGGUGAACUACUCUGGUUUGCGGCGGCGGUUGGAGGACAGUAAUUGCUCCUGGAUGGAACAUUUCCUGGAGCUGCAGGGUCUAGACCUGCUGAUGGAGGCGUUGGAGCGACUGUCAGGUCGCGGCAAUGCUCGCAUCGCAGACGCUCUGCUGCAGCUCACCUGUGUCUCCUGCAUCCGAGCAGUCAUGAACUCAUCCACAGGACUGGACUUUAUCCUGCACCACUCCGGUUACAUCAGGACCCUGACCCAGGCUCUGGAUACAUCCAACGUCAUGGUGAAGAUGCAGGUGUUUGAGCUGCUGGCUGCUCUCACCCUGUUUGAACCUCAGGGGCAUCACCUGGUCCUGGACGCUCUGGACCACUACAGGUCUCUGAAGAAGCAGCAGUAUCGCUUCAGUGUGAUCAUGAACGAGCUUCAUGGCACCAAUAACACCCCGUACACGGUGACACUGAUGAGCGUCGUUAACGUGCUCGUGUUGGGUCAAGACGACCUCAGGAGGCGGGACCAAGUGCGACGGGAGUUUAUAGGACUGCAGCUGCUGGAUCAACUUCCCAGACUGAGGGAAAUAGAGGACCAGGACCUGAACGUCCAGUGUGAUGCGUUCGAGGACUCUCUGACGCAGGAUGAGGACAAGAUGGAGCGACUGUACGGAGGCAUUGAUAUGAGCAGCCACCAGCAGGUCUUCAGCUUGCUCUUCACCAAGGUGUCCAGCAGACCGUCCUCGGUACAGCUGCUGUCCAUCCUUCAGGCGUUGCUGUUGGUGGACCCAGACGAAGCAGAGGUGUGGUCAGCUCUGGAGCGGCUGGCUGACCGGGCCUCCCUGCUGUCCCAGGACUCUGACUUAGAGUCUGCAGACUGUCUGCUGGAGAGGCUCCUCCCCCAAAAGUCCCUCUCAGCCAAUUGCAGGAUCCAAACCAUCGACAGGGCAAUACAGACUCAACUCCCGGGAAGUCCACUUUGGCAAUCUGAGCAACUUGUUGAAGAAGCCUCCUCAUGCCGAUCUGCCUCACCCACCCCUCCUCUCCAUCCUCGCCGAUUAUACUUACCUGGUACAAGAGCUCAUCCUACCUUAACUAGAGGGCCAUCUCCACCCCUCUUAUCUGGAAUGAUACCUCAACUCCAUCCACCUCCUCCACCCUUACCUGGAUUACCAGGUCCUCCCCCCUUAUCUGGAUUACCAGGUCCUCCCCCCUUACCUGGAUUAGCAGGUCCUCCUCCUCCUCCACCCUUACCUGGAUUACCAGGUCCUCCCCCCUUAUCUGGAUUACCAGGUCCUCCCUUACCUGGAUUAGCAGGUCCUCCUCCUCCUCCACCCUUACCUGGAUUACCAGGUCAUCCACCCUUACCUGGUCCUCCUCCACCUCCGAUUGGAGCUCAGGGUUUUGGCAGUAUGCAUUACAGCCCCGCCCCCUCCCCGACCCUCCGUAUGAAGAAGCUGAACUGGCAGAAGCUCCCGUCCAGAGCGCUGACGGCUCAGCAGUCCAUGUGGACUUCGGCAUCCUCAGAUUUGGUGGAACCUGAUUACUGCAGCAUCGAACAGCUCUUCAGUCUUCCUGCAACUGAGACUAAGACCAGAAUCAAAGCCAAGACCGAGACCAAAGAGAUUUCGUUCAUCGACGGCAAGAAGUGCCUCAACCUGAACAUCUUCCUGAAGCAGUUCAGAUGUUCCCAUGAUGACUUUGUGUCUCUGAUCCGGAGAGGAGACAGGUCCAGAUUUGAUGUGGAGUCCCUGAAACAGCUGAUCAAACUGCUGCCCGAAAAACACGAGGUCAGAGGUCAAA